AUGAGAAACCACACAGCCAUAACCACCUUCAUCCUCCUGGGGCUCACGGAUGACCCGCAACUGCAGAUUCUGACUUUCAUACUUCUAUUUAUUGCCUACAUGUUGAGCAUAACAGGAAACCUGACCAUCAUCCUCCUCGUUUUAGUGGAUUCCCACCUUAAAACUGCCAUGUACUAUUUUCUCCAAAAUUUUUCCUUCUUAGAAAUCUCAUUCACUACUGCCUGUAUUCCCAGGUACUUGUACAGUCUGUCCACAGGAGACAGGACUGUUUCCUACAGCGCUUGUCUAAGUCAAAUAUAUUUUGAAUAUAUUUUUGUAGUAACAGAAUUUUUUCUCCUGACCAUCAUGUCCUAUGACCGGAACGUGGCCAUCUGCAAACCCCUGCACUAUGUGACCAUCAUGAACCCCAGGGUCUGCAAAAUGCUUGUCUUCUGCUGUUGGAUGAUGACAUUUUUGUUGAUAGUCCCACUAUUUAUUUUGCUAUUGGGUCUGGAAUUCUGUGACUCUAAUGCCAUCGACCACUUUGCCUGUGAUGCGAAUCCUCUCAUAAAGAUCUCAUGCUCAGAUACUGGGCUCGUAGAGCGGAUGGUCAUUAUCUGCUCGGUGUUGAUCUUCAUCCUGACUCUCAUGUGUGUGGUUUUGUCCUAUGCUUAUAUCAUCAGAACAAUCCUGAGGUUCCCAUCAGCGCAGCAAAGGAAGAAGGCGUUUUCCACCUGCUCGUCCCACAUAAUUGUGCUUUCUAUCUCCUACGGCAGCUGCAUCUUUGUCUACACCAAACCUUCAUCAAAAGACGACAUGACCAUGAAUAAGGGGAUCACAUUAUUUCCUACUUCCAUCUCCCCCAUGUUGAACCCAUUUAUUUAUUCUUUGAGGAACAAACAAGUGAUACAAGCCUUUAACGACUUAGUCACAAAAUUGUACUCCUCUCAGGGAACUAGGGCAAUGUUGAAGUAA